AUGGCCUCAACCGACUUUUUCGACUGCCCGCGUUGCAAGCGACCCUUCAAGCGUAAAGGAGACCUCAACCGUCACAUCCAGCUUCACACCAACCACAGGCCACAUAAGUGCGAGCAUUGUCAGAAGGCUUUCUCGCAAGCUUCGGGGCUCAAGACCCAUUUAAACACACACACGGGAGAGAGGCCCUAUGCGUGCAGGAUUGUCGGCUGCUCGUCGCGAUUUGGAGAUCCAUCGUCGCGUACGCGCCACUGCAAUGAAGUUCAUCGCGUCAGGGGUGUAUUUGUAUGCCCGAUCGACGGCUGCACUUCUUCAAUAAAGCGGCGAUCCGCGUUUGCAAAGCACAUCAAAAGCCAUGAUAUCGAAGCUCCGAAGGAGCUCAUAGACAGCUGUUUCCAAGCAGACACGCCAGGACGCAAAACUACGGCUCUGUUCGGCGGACACAUUGGCGUCAGGGAGUUCAUCCAGCCACCCGCCAAUACACAGUCUCAACAACCGAUUUCUCCUCCAGCCUUGGCACCUCCUUUUGCCCCACAGCCACUUCAGAGCAUGCUAAACGACUUCCCAUAUCAGAUGCACUAUCCAUACUUUAUGCAAAGGCCGCAACGAAUGGAACCGAACCAGAUGGCUUACCAGUUCCAUCUUGUAGACGAUGUUUUGGGGCAGUACAGGCAAACACUCGCGGAGGCGCCUGCCUUCCCUGACCUCAGCAUGGACGGCCUCCUUGAAAUGGAGCUCAUGCCUGGGUCUUCUCAAGUAACGCCUGCUAUGCAACUAGCCUCUCUCCCCGCCGUUGCAUCAUCUUCAUCAGCGACGAACGACUACAGGCCUAGCACUCCGCCGCCACCACCACAAGGCUAUCACAUGCCGGCAUAUCCAGAGACACCCGAGCUCUCUGCUUCGACUUCAUCAACCCCUGCAUCAACGCCACCUUCGGCCGCAUCCCUUCUGUCGACACCACAAUUCACGCCAGACCACUCUCUGCCUACGCUGGGCUUGUUCGGUGGUGGCAUAGGCGGGAAGGUACUGUUUCCCGAGUACCAACAAAACCUCCUUCCCCCUCAGAACUACGACGCCGUCGAUGAAGAACUCUACCGAAGUCUAUUCAGCACUGUCUGA